UUGGGCAGAAGAGAGAAAAUUCUAUGAGUCCCAUACCUUUCCUCAACUCAAUUCCCAAAAUGUCUCCAUUGACAUUAGCUAUUUUUCUUCUACUAUCCAUCUGGACAUUCAUACACAUCCUAUCACGGCCAAAGGACCACAAAAAUCAGCCUAAACUCCCACCGGGCCCUCGUUCCUUACCAAUCAUCGGUAGCCUUCACAUGCUAGGUAGUCUCCCACACCGUGCCCUCCAUAGCUUAGCCAAAAAAUAUGGACCCAUCAUGUCAUUACGGCUUGGCCAUGUACCAACUAUUGUGGUCUCAUCUCCUCAAGCUGCUGAGCUAUUUUUAAAGACCCAUGACACCAUUUUUGCUAGCCGACCUAAACUCCAAGUCUCUGAGUACUUGUCUUAUGGUACCAAGGGCAUGGCUUUCUCCGAGUAUGGUUCAUAUUGGCGCAACAUUAGGAAACUAUGUACGUUGCAACUUCUUAGUGUUUCAAAAAUAGAUUCAUUUGCACCUAUGAGGAAGGAGGAGGUAGGAUCACUGGUGCAGUCACUGAAAAAAGCUGCGGCGGCGCAUGAGGUCGUGGACCUAAGUGGGAAAGUGUGUGAACUUAAUGAGGAAACUACAUGUAGAAUGAUAUUUGGGCGAAGUAGUGAUGAUAGAUUCGACUUGAAAACACUUAUUGCGGAGGUCUUUAACUUGGCGGGGGCUUUCAAUCUUGCUGAUUAUGUGCCUUACCUUGGGGCACUUGAUCUACAGGGAUUGACACGACGCAUGAAGAAAUGUAGCAAGGCUUUGGACGUAGUCUUGGAGAAUAUCAUCAAGGAGCAUGAAAAAAUUCCUAGUAGUGGUCAACAAGAUCGUGAAACAGACUUUAUAGACACGCUGCUUUCUUUGAUGAACCAACCCAUGAAUCCUCGUGAUGAGCAAGUAUACAUUAUUGAUCGAACAAAUAUCAAGGCUAUCAUACUAGACAUGAUUUCGGGUGCAUAUGACACUUCAGUUGCUGCGAUUGAGUGGACAUUUUCUGAACUCUUGAGGUAUCCACGAGUGAUGAAACAUGUACAGGAGGAGCUAGAAUGUGUAGUUGGAAUGAAUCGGAUGGUGGAGGAGACUGAUUUGGCAAAAUUACCAUACUUGGAUAUGGUGGUGAAGGAAAGUUUAAGACUACAUCCUGUUGGACCAUUACUAGUCCCACGUGAAUCCAUGGAGGACAUUGAGGUCAAUGGAUAUUAUGUCCCUAAGAAAUCACGAAUAAUAAUAAAUUUUUGGGCUAUUGGACGAGAUCCUUGUGUGUGGUCUGAUAAUGUGGAAGAAUUUUACCCCGAAAGGUUCAUAAAUAGUAAUAUAGACCUUAAAGGACGUGAUUUUCAGCUUAUCCCAUUUGGGUCUGGUCGCAGAGGGUGCCCUGGAAUGAAUCUAGGCCUUACAACUGUUAAAUAUGUUCUAGCUCAAUUACUACAUUGCUUUCAUUGGAUGCUCCCUAGUGGCAUAUUGCCUAAUAAGUUGGACAUGAGUGAGUCAUUUGGGCUAUCGAUACGAAGAGCCAAACAUUUGUCUGCCAUGCCAACUUAUCGCUUACAACUCCCACCGGGCCCUCGUUCCUUACCAAUCAUCGGUAACCUUCACAUGCUAGGUAGUCUCCCACACCGAGCCCUCCAUAGCUUAGCCAAAAAAUAUGGACCCAUCAUGUCAUUACGGCUUGGCAAUGUACCAACUAUUGUGGUCUCAUCUCCUCAAGCUGCUGAGCUAUUUUUAAAGACCCAUGACACCAUUUUUGCUAGCCGACCAAAACUCCAAGUCUCUGAGUACUUGUCUUAUGGUACCAAGGGCAUGGCUUUCUCCGAGUAUGGUUCAUAUUGGCGCAACAUUAGGAAACUAUGUACGUUGCAACUUCUUAGUGUUUCAAAAAUAGAUUCAUUUGCACCUAUGAGGAAGGAGGAGGUAGGAUCACUGGUGCAGUCACUGAAAAAAGCUGCGGCGGCGCAUGAGGUCGUGGACGUUAGUGGGAAAGUGUGUGAACUUAAUGAGGAAACUACAUGUAGAAUGAUAUUUGGGCGAAGUAGUAAUGAUAGAUUCGACUUGAAAACGCUUAUUGAGGAGGUCUUGAGCUUGACGGGGGCUUUCAAUUUAGCUGAUUAUGUGCCUUACCUUGGGGCAUUUGAUCUUCAGGGAUUGACACGACGCAUGAAGAAAUGUAGCAAGGCUUUGGACAUAGUCUUGGAGAAUAUCAUCAAGGAGCAUGAAAAAAUUCCUAGUAGUGGUCAACAAGAUCUUGAAACAGACUUUAUAGACACGCUGCUUUCUUUGAUGAACCAACCCAUGAAUCCUCAUGAUGAGCAAGUAUAUAUUAUUGAUCGAACAAAUAUCAAGGCUAUCAUACUAGACAUGAUUUCGGGUGCAUAUGACACUUCAGUUGCUGCGAUUGAGUGGACAUUUUCUGAACUCUUGAGGUAUCCACGAGUGAUGAAACAUGUACAGGAGGAGCUAGAAUGUGUAGUUGGAAUGAAUCGGAUGGUGGAGGAGACUGAUUUGGCGAAAUUACCAUACUUGGAUACGGUGGUGAAGGAAAGCUUACGACUUCAUCCUGUUGGACCAUUACUAGUCCCACAUGAAUCCAUGGAGGACAUUGAGGUCAAUGGAUAUUAUGUCCCCAAGAAAUCACGAAUAAUAAUAAAUUUUUGGGCUAUUGGACGAGAUCCUUGUGUGUGGUCUGAUAAUAUGGAAGAAUUUUACCCGGAAAGGUUCAUAAAUAGUAAUAUAGACCUCAAAGGACGUGACUUUCAGCUUAUCCCAUUUGGGUCUGGUCGCAGAGGGUGCCCUGGAAUGCAUCUAGGCCUUACAACCGUUAAAUAUGUUCUAGCUCAAUUACUACAUUGCUUUCACUGGGUGCUCCCUAGUGGCAUGUUGCCUAAUGACUUGGACAUGAGUGAGAAGUUUGGGCUAUCGAUGCGAAGAGCCAAGCACUUGUCUGCCAUGCCAACUUAUCGCCUACUUGCUUAAAUCUAUAAGGCAUGUUCAAUGAAAUCUGAGAAAUAAACGCCAUGUUUGGUUCAUGAGAAACAUGGUGUAUUUUGUUUUUAUUUUCUGUUUUUGGUGGGACCUAUCAAUAAAAAAAAACUUGUUUAACUUGUUUUUA